UUGAGUGUUUGACUACUGCUUCUUUCUACUCCAUUUCUAUCAACCUUUUCUCUCUCAAAAAAAUCAAUCUGCCGUUUCUCAUUUGACUCUCCUCUCUCUUUAGGGUUUCUUAGCUCAUCGAAACGUUAAACCUUACAAUACUUCAAACAUCGAUCAAUACAAUUUGCUGAAGCACGCAAUUUUUCAAGGACUGUAUAAACAACAAAGAUGGGUUGUUUCACAGUUUUAAAAAGUAAGAAGAAGAAGUCUGAACAGAGUAUUCACAUCAAACGUGUGAAUCCUCAGGAACAUUCUCCUACUGCAUUGCCCGAGCCUCAAGUGCAGACACGGUCGUUGCAGUCGGCACCUCCAAGUUUUAGAACUAGAGUAAAACCUGUACAGUCGAGUAAUAGAGUUACAAGCAGUAGGGCGCGGGCACUCUCUGCCCCAUCUAGCCUGGACUCAGCAGAACAAGAUGUAGCAUCAAAUGAAUGUGAGGAACAUGAUGAGUUCAAGAGUCGUAUUGGUUCAAUCAAGGAGUACCAAUCACCAAGUCCUCAGCCUCUUCCUCUUCCAUCUCCACAGAGUGCCGCUGCCACUCUCAAGACUAUGGGAAGCUUUAAAGUUGGCAAUGCCAGCGGUCCUUUAAAUGCCUCUGGACCCCUGCCACUGCCUCCUACACUGCCUUCAACAUUGCCUUCUACUGGAGCACUCAGGAACUUCUCAUUUGAAGAACUUGCUGCUGCCUGCCACCGCUUCUCACCUGAACGGUGUAUGUCAGAAGGUCUCUCUUCUGUUAUUUACAGAGCUUCUUUUGGAGAUGAUGCAACUGGUACAAAGAAGCUUGAAGCCACUGUAACCCGGCUUCAUCCUUCUUCGCAGGGGUUGAAGGAAUUUGUGACUGAGGUGAACACACUAGCUUCUUUGCAACAUCCAUCACUUUGUAAACUGAUUGGUUUCCAUGCACGGGAAGGUUCCGAGCACAGAAUGUUGGUUUAUGAAAGGCUUUUUCAUGGAAGCUUAGACCGGCUUUUGUUUGGGAGGUCAGAUGGUCCACCGAUAGACUGGAAUGCUCGAACGAAAAUUGCUUUAUGUGCUGCUCAAGGUCUCACAUUCCUGCAUGAGGAAGGACCUUUUCAGGCAAUGUUCCAUGAAUUUUCCACUGCAAAUAUACAAAUUGAUAAGGAUUGCAGUGCAAAGCUCUCGGGAUAUGGAUGCAUUACUCAUAUACAAGAGACAGACAUAUCAUGCAGUUCAGCUGCCCUGGCAAAUCUCUCUGAGGAGACUCUGGAGCGAGGAUUGGUAACUCCGAAGAGCAAUGUUUGGAGUUUUGGGAUUGUUCUUCUUGAGCUGCUGACUGGCCGGAAGAAUUUUGACAGUCGGCAUCCAAAGGAAGAGAGGAAUUUAGUGAAGUGGAGCAGGCCUUUCCUAGCUGAUGACGGUAGAUUAUCGCUAAUCAUGGACCCUCAGUUAAAAGGUCGGUUCCCUGCCAAAGCAGCAAGAACAGUGGCUGAUAUUGCUCAAAGAUGUCUGCAAAAGGAUCCAUCUGAAAGGCCCACCAUGAGAACUGUAGUGGAGCAACUCAAGGCUGUACAAGUGAUGAAGUACCCUUCUAGGUUUCCUCUUCAAGAGCCAUGGGCAGUUGGUGUAAAACGCAUGUCAAAGUCUCCGAGCCUAAAUGGAAUCAUUACCCCAACAUCAAGAUUGAGCUUCACCCCUUCACCACCAACCCACCCUUUAUCUAUUUCUCCGACAAGGACAGCUGCUCCACUGCUGUCUCUACCUUCAUGUUCCUCCAUCCUCUCUAUGGAGGACUUUGAUCGAUUGGAAAACCGAAGGCCAUCAUCUUCAUCUGUUCGGAGGUCUAGUGUCGAAGGAUUUUGAUCGAUUGUAGAGCAUUUUUUUCUUCAAAUUGCUUUUUUUCGUUUUUGGGCCCUUCCCUUUUGACAAGUGAUUACAUGAAAAGAUAUAGAAGAUAAGCACAUGGUUUUCCACCUUCCCUUUCCUCAUGGGAGAAGAUGUGGGGAAUGCCAUUUUGUAAAUAUGGUAUCCAUUUGGUUUAAGUAGUGUUCCCUAAUCGAGAUCCUGAGGGAGAUAUUAA